AUGUCUGUCACCUUUACCGACUCCGCUCCACCAUUCCUGAAAUACCAGGGCUCUGACUCUUUCUUCGGAGGUGACGCCCCACUUCCUGAGGGAGUUGGAUGGGCCGUCGUUGUUGGAUUCGGUGCACUUUUCAGUGUCAUCACCACCAUCAUUGUCUUCAUUGGCCAAAAGUACGGAGGCCAAGGAGCUGUCACUUCUGAGCACUUUAACACUGCUGGACGUUCCAUCAAGACUGGACUAACUGCCUCUGUCAUUGUCUCUCAAUGGACUUGGGCCGCCACUCUUUUGCAAUCUUCCAAUGUCGCAUGGCAAUACGGUGUCUCUGGACCCUUCUGGUAUGCCUCUGGUGCCACCAUCCAAGUCAUCUUGUUUGGUGUCCUUGCCAUUUCCCUCAAGAGAGUCGCUCCUUCUGCCCACACUGUCUGUGAGAUUGUCAACGCUCGUUGGGGACGCACUGCCCACAAGACCUUUUUGUUCUUCUGCUUCUGCGCCAACUUGAUUGUGACCAGUAUGCUUUUGCUCGGUGGAGCCGCCACCGUCGAAGCUUUAACUGGUGUUGACUACCGAUGGGCUUCUUUCUUGAUUCCCUGGGGUGUCAUCUUGUACACUGCCUCUGGUGGUCUUCAAGCUACUUUCUUGGCCUCUUACAUCCAUACUUGUAUCAUCUUUGGUGUCUUGAUUGCAAUGGUCUUCAUUGUUUACAUCAAGACUUACUCUUCUGAUGCCAUCUACGACUUUUUGGACAAGACUGUCACUUACAGUCCUGAAGAGUGUGCAGAUAUCUACGCUGGAUACGAAGCUGGCAAGUUUGCAUGCGGACCUGUUGACGGAAACAGAGAUGGUUCUUAUUUAACCAUGAUCUCUUCUGGAGGUCUCAUGUUUGGAAUCAUCAACAUCGUCGGUAACUUUGGAACCGUCUUUGUCGAUCAAUCCUACUGGCAAUCCGCCAUUGCUGCCAAGCCAGCCUCUGCCGCUCGUGGAUACGUCCUUGGAGGAAUCUGCUGGUUCGCCAUUCCUUUCACACUUGCCACUUCUCUCGGCCUUGCUUCCACCGCCUUGUUGCUUCCCAUCACUGAUGUCGAAGCCGGAAAUGGUCUUGUCCCCCCUGCUGUCGCAACGCACUUGAUGGGAGAUGCCGGAUCCGUUCUCAUUUUGAUCAUGCUUUUCAUGGCCAUUGUGUCCACUGGAUCUGCCGAGUCUAUUGCCGUCUCUUCUUUGGUUGCUUACGAUAUCUACCGUGAAUACAUCAACCCCGAAGCCACCGGAGAGCAAAUCUUGAAGGUUUCCCGUUAUGUCAUUGUUGGAUUCGGAUUGUUGAUGGGGGCUCUUUCCAUUGCACUUUUCGAGAUCGGACUUUCCCUCGGAUGGGUCUACCUCUUUAUGGGUAUCAUUAUUGGAUCUGCCGUCGCACCUUUGUGGAUGUUGAUGAAGUGGUCCAAGGCCUCCGGAACCGGAGCUGUCAUUGCUGCCUGGUCUGGAUUGAUCCUUGCUGUCAUUGCAUGGUUGGUGACCGCCCAAGUCCGCGAAGGAGAGAUCACCAUCGAUACUCUUGGAACCAACGAAGCCAUGCUUUGCGGAAACUUGGUCGCUAUCCUCUCUUCUGCCUUCAUCCACGUUGUCUAUUCCAUCGUCAUUGACCCACAAGAAUUUGACUUUACCACUCUUGACGAGAAGAUCACCCUCGUCGAAGAGGAUACCCGUGGUUUGGAAGCGGAAGACCAAGAUAUUGAGAUGCUUCAAGAAGCCGAGACCUGGAUCGCCCGCCGUGGAUACGUCUUGACUUUGGUCUUGAUCGUCAUCUGGCCUCUUCUCUCUAUCCCUGCUGGAAAGUUCACCAAGGAGUACUUUGCCUUCUGGGUCCUCAUUGCCAUUGCUUGGGGAUUCGGAGCUGCCAUUGUCAUUGCUGUCUUGCCACUCAUCGAAUCUAGUGCUGAAAUUAGCAAGGUCUUUGAUGGUAUGCGCGGAAAGAAGUCCGAAGAACCCACCAAGGAAACACCAGCUGUUGAAAAGGAAGAGCCUGCUGCUGAGCCCGAGGUUCAAGAGGAUUCCGCCUAA